GGGACUCGGAUGGUAACUUUGUAGUGACGGGGAUUUAGUGAACGAAUCACGUGUUUUCGUUUCUUGAUUGUUACCGAAUUGCUGCGGAAUGCUUCUCGGUGGCUGUAGAUAUUCCAUUCAGAAUCAGAAUGUGUCGUCCACGAGGACCAGCGCCUGGAGUCCUUAUAAUUCUUUCCGGAACACCAAUAUGCCGAUGCAGGAAAUCACAAUGAGUCAAACCCUGCCAUUGACGAACGGUGGAAACACAAGAGCAUAUGGUGAAAAUUCUUCUGGAGACAAAGACGGAACAUUGAUGGCACAAUCAGGAGGUGGUGGAGGAGGCGGUGGAGGUGGUGGAGGAAUAGGUUACGGUAGAACUAUAAAGGAAUACGAAGAUGAGUUGAGCAACUUGAAAAAGGAAAACUUCCAGCUUAAAUUGCGAAUUUAUUUUCUGGAAGAGAAAAAUCCUGCGAGAAAUGGCAUCAGUUCUUCUGACGAGGAUGUAAUCAAGACAAAUGUAGAAUUAAAGGAGGAAUUGGAAAAGUUAAAGAAGGAAUUAAUGGAGAAGCAGGUUCUUCUUAAUCAAGCAGCCAGAGCUUUUAAGUUAUAUGAAGAACAGAAAGCAGCAACUUCUCGGACUCAAGAACAAUAUCAGCAAUCGCUUGAAAAAGAACGAGAAAAAGUUACUAAGCUUGAGAGAGAACUAGCAGAGUAUCGAGAAAGGGAAAUAGAUACAUCCAUAUAUUAUAAGGAAACAUUCGGCAUUACUCCGGAGCAGGCAUUAAAAAACGCAGAAAAGUUACGGCAGAUGGAAGAAUUAGUGUCUUCUCUAGAAACAGAGGUGAAACAGAUAACUGGCAGUUUGGAAGAGGAGCGAAACUGGGCUCAGGAACUUGAGAAUGAGAGAGAUCAGUUUAGAGAACGAUUAGAUGUGGAAACGCGACUGCGAGAAAAGCAAGACAGUGAUCGAAUAAAUAAUCUUGAACAACUAUGCGAUGAGAUAAAGGAGUUGAAGGAUCAAUUAUUCAAGAAGGAUUCCAUCGUGCAACAAUACAAAAACGAUCUUGCCGAACGGGAUAGAAUGCUCAAACAGAAGAACGCGUUGCUAGAAGAAAAGAGUCAGGCAUAUGAAGAAAUCAGCCAAGUAUCCGAAAAGAGGAAAAAACAGAUUAUUCAGUUGAGAGCAUCCGUGAAAACACGUGACGAUGCCCUUACAGAAAUAAACAAUAAGCAUCGUGCAUUAUUAUCACAGUGCGAAAAUAGCUAUGGUAAGCGUUCACCGCCCAGUAGUCCCUCAGCUUUAACUUCGUUGACGAAUUAUCUGUCACCAUCCAUGGACCAGAAAGUAUCUUGUGUUCAAAAUAUAACGAAGUGUGAUGCUGAUGAUUAUGAAUCCAAUAAAGAAAAAGCAUCGAGUUUGAGUUCACCAUUAAACAGAGAUGCCAAGGAAAUUAAGAAUCUUAUAAAGUUGCAGGAACUGGAAGAAAGAGAUAAUAAAUUAAAACAGCAGGAGGAGAUUAGGAAGCAGUUGAUAUUAAAAUUAUGCAAUGCUCAGAAGCAAGUAGAAAAUUCAGAACAGAAAUUAAAAAAGAUGGAAAGCGAGUAUCAGAAGGCUAUUAGAGCGAUACAGGGCUUUAUGGAGCGCGAACAACAAAUGCGGGAUGCAGAUUCCCAUAAAGAACAGCAGACGGAAUUGCGCAAGAGAAGGAACAGCAAUGGCCCCGUCUCGUUGAAGGAUCUCGGUGUUAAGAAUGCAGAUGAUCUUGAAAACGAAUCCUACAAACAGCAACGUUUUGAAGAAAUGGAAAACAAGAUUAGCGACUUGCGAGACCAAAUCGAGACAAUAAAAGCUGAGAAGAAUCUUCUGGAAAAACGAACGCAAGUCGAAUGUAAGGAACUUCAAGUUCGUCUUUUAGAUAAAGAACAAAAAAUCGAGAUUCUAGAAAUGGAGAAACAGAUUAUUACAGAAGACUUAAAAGACAAAAUCGCCGAGCUCGAUAAACUGAGAUACACCGACGCAAACAGUGUAGAUGAAGUUACCACCACUAAUUAUCGCGACGAUACUCUGGGAAGAGAAGAUUUGCUUGAGCAAUUGAAUCAACAAAAUGCUGAGAUCGAAGAAAAGAACCGCAAGAUCGAACAAUUGACAAAGGAACUGCAGAUGACAACUCAGAAUCUACAGAUGUUGGUCAAUACAGAACUCUGGAGCAAGAAUAAGGAAAUUGCUAAGCUACAUAAUCAUAUGACAGCAUCGUACAGUCACGAUAAAAAUCGUAAUAAACCCGAAAUAGUCCAGGAAGUCGAUAACAGCUUGCAGUUGACGAAUUUGAUACGUGAACUUAACGAGAUUGGUGUCAAAGUUAAUUUCACGAAUGAGAUUGUCCAACUCGAUUACAUCAAUGGAAACGAAACAGUAAACGUAAAAACAUUAAAUGAAUGCGUUCAGAGGCUAACGAGUCAGCGAAACGAUUUAGAGAAGGAAGUAGACUAUCUGAAAUGGCUAAAACUCGUAUCAAAGCCUGAUAUCGCUGCGGAGAUUGAUGGUUGUGGUAACGAGACAGAACGGGCAAAGAAAUAUUGCGAGCUGCUGCGCACGCAUUUGAAGGAUCUGGUGAAGUUCAUGAAGGAAAUGCUCAAAAAUACCGAUCGUGCGGAUACCAUUGGUAACGAACACAAGAAACUUGUAUUGGAGGUUCUGCUCAACUCCAAGAUAUUAUCGGAUGAUUUCAUGCGCGCUCUUGAAGGCAUGAGUGUGCAAGACGAUGUAGUUGUGAAUGAUAGAAUCGACGAAUCUGUGAAAAGAAGUCGAUCCGAAAACGUAAUGGACAUGUCGAAAAAUCAGGGAUCGCAGUCGGAUUCUGAAACGUUCUCGGAACCCGAUAGAACCGUUUCAAUGGCCAGAAUUGGUCUGCAGGAGAAGCAACACAAGAACUUGAGCCGUUCCAGAUUCACAAAAUACACCAAAACUUGCAGCGACUCCGAGGACUCCGCGGAUUAUGUGCCUUAUUAUAAGACGUAUCAGAACGAUCUCAGCGAUUUAGACGCGAGCCAUCAGAUACAAGAGUUGAAAGAAACGAAUAAUAUGUUGUAUUCUGAACUUAACGCUUUAAGGAACGAUUUAGUUACGAAAAUUUCUUUCGAUUUUGUAAUCGAAGAAAAAUUAACGCCGUUCAUUACUAAGUUAGAGAAAUCACAAAGAUUUUGUGAAAAAUUACAAACUUCUUUAGAAAAAAGAAUACAUGAGUUCCAUAUGUUGAGAAAGGAGAACAAGCAGAAUAGUAUUCGCAAGACACAAUUAGAGAAAAAGAUUAAUGACGUCGAGCAAAUGGCGAGUGAAAUUACCAAGCAGAAAGUUGAAUUUCUGCAGUAUAAAGAAAACACGGAAAGAAAAACUACAGAAACCCUUGUAAUACUCAACAAAGAAAACGAAUCGCUACGAGCGAGAAUUAAACAACUGGAGGAAGAAACGGAAACUGCUAAAGCAACUAUAUCCAUACUCAGAAAAGAACUGGAUCAUCUUACUCUUUCACAUAGUCAGAUACUCGUGGAGAAUACCAAAUUAACGAACGAUAAGUUAAGACUCGAACAAGAUAUAAGGAAAAUGGAGAAUCGAUACGAUACGACUGUUCGUUCGCUACAUGACAAAUUUAGCAAAGAGAUAUGUGAUCUCAAUCAGAUCAACGAUUUGCAUAGAGCAAGAGUGCAAGAACUCGAAACGGUGAAUAAAGAGUUCAGAAGACACAUGGCGGUGUGCGAAGUUAGCGAUUCAGCGGCGAGCUCAAGUGGCGUAUCGUCAAUACCCACGGACGCCACACUCAAACAAACUUGCGAUGAUAUUCUGCAGGAAUAUCAACCGUAUAACAACUCACAGUUUUGGCAACCGACAAAUUAUUCUGCUCUCGGAGGACGCAGUAAAUCUAGUUGUUCACCAGAUUUAGGAAUAGAAAGCGAUGCCGCUGUUACAACAAUGAGACCUUUGAAAGAUACAUUAAAGAUCACAGAAUCUAUGACUAAUUUAUUAAGUGACGAAGAUAAUGGUAAUCACAGAGCUCGAGAUUCAAACAGUGAAAGUCCAUUACCAAUAGAAGGUCUUGAGGAAGUGGAAGCUUUGAAACAAGAGAAUGAAGCGUUAAAACGAAGACUGAUGAAAACUAGAAAAGCAUUGGAAGACACAUUUGAACACUUAUCAGCUUCAAACAAAAACAAGAAAAAUGUUGAAAAGGCUAUAGUAAAACAGCUUAUGGUCACAAGAAAUAUCCUCAAAAAAACGAGGACAUAUGAUGAACCUUUGGACAAUUAAUAGAGAUUACAGACUGACUAAUCGAUCAAAAAAUAUACACGAAGUGAAAAAGAAGAAGAGCAGAGAAAUUGUUACUUGUUGAAUUGUGUUCUCAUAGAUUAAUUGAUCAUUCAAUAUGUAUCGUGUUUUAUCUGUGUUUCUCAUUUAUCUCCUCUCACAUUUUUUCGAGAUAAGAGAACAAACGAUACAUAUCGGUACAAAAAAUUGUAAUACUCAUACAAAUUGUAAUACUCAUGUUACAAAAUUUUUAAACGAGUAAGAUUUCUAAGUGAGAUAUUUUCAUACAAACACAAAAUAUCUAUUUUCGCUAUUUAAAAAAGAGAAUAUAAAAAAUAGAUAAAGAAAGAAGAUAAAAAGAGCUCAAGAUGAAUUUGUACAUUGAGAUUUGUAUAUAUUUAUACGAAAAACGCGCAUGAUAUUUUUGACAUUUUUGUAGAUUUUUUUUCUUUCAUCGUGAAAAAGUUCUUUCAAAUGAAACUGAAUACGGCGCGAACCAUGCCGAUAUUAAAAACCGUUUUCGUUUGUGACGUGAUUCUGCUUGUGGAUAACAGAAAUUCGCGUAUGUAUGUACAUAAUUAUCUCAUAUAUCGUUAUGUAGCAUCUGUACAUAGUCACCACGAAUAAAGUGCCAUUAUAGAAUUUAUGCGUUAA